AGUGCUUCACGUGUUAAUGCGCAAGUUUAUAUGUCAAUCACUUUUAUAUUUAUUUUGUUGAAACUGUGAAAAUGUAAAUUAUAUUUAACUCUCUUGCUCUCAUGUAGGUGAAAUCCUUCUGCAAUAAAAAGAUCUUGGCAGCAGCUGAAUAUGAAAUAUACGACGGCGUCGUAAAAAAAAAGAUUUCGAGAAUAAAGUCGAAAUGUUACGAGAAUAAAGUCGAAAUGUUACGAGAAUAAAGUCGAAAUGUUACGAGAAUAAAGUCGAAAUGUCAAAAUCUGACAUGAACUACGAAUUAACUCACUGAUUCAGAUGACGUACUUAAACAUAAUUUAAACUCUUAAACUACAACUUUCACGAAAAUAAAAUACGUAUUACGACGAGUUUAUUCUCGUAACAUUUUGACUUUAUUCUCGUAAUCUUGAAUUUAUGUUAUUUUUAACGUGGCACUAAAACGCCGUGGUAGAAAUACAAUAACAUCAUUCAUUCAGGAAAGUUUAAAGAAAUAAAAUAGUCUUGCUAGUAGGAUGACUGAUUGGGAAAUGUUAAAUAUACUUCUUAAACUGGCCUUAAAAGUUAAGAUAAAACGUCCAAACGGGGCCUCAGAAUUCUCUCCCGACAUAAAUAUAAUUCUGUGCGAAUUAAUGCAGCUUCCUCAUCUAUGGGUUCAUGAAUAAACGAACAUGCUAUUUUAAGUUCUGUGUGACUAAAUAGAGCGCGAUUAGGAACUCUAAUCAAUAAACAUAUGACGUAUGUCAUUUCAACCCGCUCGCGCUUCGAAAAGGGGGCGGAGAUUGUAACAAACCCUGCGUUUGCGGAAUAAAACCUGCUCCCGACCAGGUUAGGUUCACGGAGUAGGUUACUCUGGUUACUCACCCGGAGUAUAAGAUACCUCGAUUUCUGAAAUGGGCUUGACUUACUCCGCGGUCGCGGGUUUGACAUACCUCGCGUUCUGAAACCAAAAACCCUGAGUAUUCCGUUUUCUGGGGUUGACUUACUCUGAGUUUGCACUUACCCUGCUUUCUGAAACGGGCCCCUGAUUGUUAAGUGAUGGUUUGUUGAUAAAUACAUGUCACCAGUGGCGGUUCUACAUUGAAUCACUCCCCGGGCGAGAUCCGCUCUGGGUGCCCCCCCAUCUACUCCCACCCAUCCGAGAGAAAAAAAGCCAUGUUUUACCAUAACUAUAUAAGUGUAAGACGAACCUUAUAUUUCUCAAUUGCACAAAUCCUUCAACAGAACAUUUUAAAAACACAAUUCUGCACAAAUCAGUAUAAGUUAUCAGAACUUAAAUAUACUCUAUGUACAUAAAUGUUGCAACAUAUGUACAUGAUGUACAUAUGUAUCAUGAUGUAACACGACCAGAGAACAACAACAUUAAAAUAUUAAGAAUAAUAUACAAAUAAAAUAUAGAAAAAAUAUUCUAAAUAGCACAAAUCCUUCAUCACACAAAAGCAAAUCUAAUUAUUACACUAUUGCACUAAGAACAGAAAACACAAACUAAAACCUGACCUUUCUGGCCUUCCUUAAUGCAAAAUCAUCAAUAAUGUCAUCAUACGAAAUCUGCCCCCUAUUGAGUUAUUGAUACUGAUGAUAGGAAGGCCAGUGAGCUGUUCUUGAGACAUGGUUGACCUCAGGUAUGACUUGAUCAACUUUUGAAAAGCUCCUCUCUGCUUGAGCCACAGUGACUGGCAGAGUAAGUGUAAUCCUGAGAGCAGUCCAAAAGUUGGGGUAGAUCUCUGAUAGAUCCUUAUCAUGCAUAAAAGUGAUAAAAUUCAAGGAGGCUGAUGGUUUUUGAUGGCUGACCAGUGACAGAGGAUUCUCCAAAAUACUUUAGAAGUGCCCAUGAAUUUGCAAUUGAAAUUGACAUCAAAAGACAGUAGGCUACAGUAUAACUCUUAUGAAUUGCAAAUUUAAAUAAACAUGCCCUUACAUGCCAAAUGUCUGUCAUGACUCAUUAGACGCUUUAUUAAUCUAAUCUAAGGGAGGAACAAUUAGCUCCUUGGUUACUGCCUCAAAUUAUAUUCUUUGUCACGCAACAGAGUUAUAGCAAAUGUUUGCCUUUGAACACAUCCAGACAUAUGUUAAUUUCGUUGGCUAAUUACAGGGCCCAACAUUAACCCCAAUGAUGGAAAUAAAUAAUAACUUUACUUGUAACAGUUUUGUUGCAAAGCACAAUCUUAUGGUGAAAUUAGAUCUCGUGUUUGUUGAGUUAAGACCGAAUUAUUGUUGUAUAAGCAUCAUAGCAAGAAGGCUAACAAACGUAAGAGUUAACGUUACCACCCAUUAACAUUAGCCCUUCAUUGAUGAUGGAUAACGUCACCGUAAUCAUACAGAGAGAACGUAGUUACAUACCUUUAUCUUUUGCUCCUUUCUCCGCUUCUACUUUGAUUUUUUCUUAUAUUGGGCACCUGACGGCUUAAACCUUUUUCUCUCCAUCGCUUUCAUGUUUAUCUGGCACUCGACAAUCAAGACUAAACCACUUCACCUCCACAUAAUCGUUUUGGAUUAACUUUUUUUAUUAGCCAUUUCACACACAAUGCAGAAAAAAAACGUGGAAAAAUAGGCCUGUGCUUUAAAAUUAUGAAUGAAAUGUGCGUUAUUUAGAAGAAAGUCAAGGUGUGACUGAUUUUAGCCCACUAAAUGGGCCCCCCUCCUUGUCCGCUCCAUUUGGGAGAGGUGAACUGUCCAUCAGGGGAUCAGCCCCUCCCCUUUACAGUUUUCACACAGCUUCUGCGCUUCUCAGCAAGCAGGGGCGGCGAUUUGCCAAUUCCCCACACAGACAGUUAUAUUAUACAUAAUAGAAACCUGCUUUGCGGCGCGGAUUAUUUUUCUUUUUCAAGUGCUUGUGCCGCCCCCCACGUGUCGUGAAAAUUUGGCGCCCCGGGCGGCUGCCCGGUUCGCCCGUGCCUAAAACCGCCACUGCAUGUCACACACGUUAUCACACACGAUUCCAGCCCGUGCGGUGGAGACAUGGUUCAAACAUUCGUAGUCUGGAUCCAUUCAGUAUUAUUCCAGAACCCGAUCCGCUCCAUCAGUCCGCUUUGCCUGAAUUCCCAUGUUUUUUGACCGUGUCAUACAGUUUCUUCUUACACAGGACUUAUGGGUACACUCCGAGAUCUUCAGUUCGCCUUGCAGUUGAAGAUAGAGGAGUUACGGCAAAGAGAUGCUCUCAUAGACGAGCUAGAGCUUGAGCUGGACGCUAAAGACGAUCUCAUCCGCCGCCUGCAGGGGGAGCUCGACCGUCUGCGCCUCUCCGUCUCAGGUCAACAGCGUGCUUCAUCUGUAAGAGAGAGGAGACGAGCCCUGGUAACAGAACCCAUUAACAUGGAGCGAGAAGAAGUCCUACAAAACCCACCAAUCAGCUAUAGCAAAACCCAAGAGUCACAGAAGCUGUUAGAAGCAGCUCUUGCGGAGAACGAGUGUAUGACGUAUCUAGACAGGGAUCAGAUAUUGUGUUUGGUGGAUUCUGCCUAUCCCAUCACGCUCAAACAGGGUGUGUAUGUUAGAAAGGAAGGCGAUGAAGGAUCCCAGGCAUAUAUAGUUGAAGAGGGAAAACUGGAGGUGUCCAGGGCCGGCCAGAAGCUGCAAAUUAUUGAGCCAAGGGGGAUGUUUGAAGAACUGGCUCUCAUUCAUAAACACACCUGCUCCACAACUGUCACAGCUCUUAUGAACAGCAGGUUAUGGGGGAUAGAGGGUCAGAUGUUUCAGAAGAUCAUGAUGAGAAGCAGCCUGAUCAAAAUCACCCAGUCCCUGCAGUUCCUGCGCAGUGUUUCACUGUUCUGUGUGUUACCAGAGGAUGUUAUUAUGAAAGUGUCUGAUGCUCUGGAGGUGUCUCAAUACAGUGAAGGUGAUUUUAUAAUUCGAAAUGGUGGUCCAGGAGAUACCCUCUUCAUUGUUAGUCAUGGCCAGGUGAAAGUUUUAGAGAAACAAUCCGGCAAUGAGGACAAUGUGUUAGUGUCUGUUUUCAGCAGAGGAGAUUGUUUUGGAGAGAGACCUCCACAAGGGGAUGAUGAAAGGUCGAUGAGUGUGGUUGCCGCAGGUGAUGUGACAUGUCUGGUCAUAGACAGAGAGCUUUUCCAAAAGAUAUCAAGCUUCAGUGAUGUCAGAACAAAUCAGAGCAGCAAAACCCAAUCAAAGGCAAAGGAAAAUGGGUCUGAAUUUGGUGAAAUGUCUCGUAGUAGUUUUCAGGCGCUGUAUACCCUGGGCGAAGGACAGUAUGGUCACACUCAGCUGGUCCAUUUCAAGAAUGACUCCAGACGCAAAUUUGCAUUGAAAGCCAUAAGAAAGCAGGCAGUACGAAGCCCAGGCCAAAAAGUAAGGAUCUUUGCAGAGAAACACAUUCUGAUGGAUCUCCAAAGUCCAUUCAUAGUAAGGUUGCACUGCACUUUUAAAGAUGCAAGAUACCUUUAUAUGUUGAUGGAAGCUUGUGAAGGAGGAGAUCUGUGGAAUUUACUGAGAGAGAGGGGGUUACUGGAUGAAGCUGCUGCUCGCUUUUACACGGCAUGUGUGCUGGAAGCUCUUAGUGUUCUGCAUAGCAAAGACGUUAUUCACAGAGACCUAAAACCCGAAAAUGUUCUUCUGGACCAGCGGGGAUAUGCUAAACUGACAGGGUUUGGUUGUGCUAAGAAGCUGGGUUCGUUGCGCAGGGCCUGGUCAUUCUGUGGGUCUGUGGGUUAUCAGGCACCAGAAGUUAUCCUGCUUAAGGGGCAUGGUCCGUCCGCAGAUCUCUGGGCUGUAGGGAUGUUGCUGUAUGAACUGCUUAAUGGCCGUCCUCUGUUUUCUGGCUCGGAGCAGCUAAAGGUUUUCAAAGCUGUCCUAAAGGGAAUAGAAGAGGUGGAGCUUCCCAAAACAAUCAGCAAGACUGCAGCUCAUCUCAUCAAAAGCCUGUGCAGACACAACCCCACAGAGAGACUGGGCCAGAGGAAUGGUGUCAAGGACAUCUGCAAACACAUCUGGUUUGAAGGAUUUGACUGGGACCAUCUGCAGAAAAAUACAAUGACUCCACCAAUAAUACCAAAUGUGGGAGGUGUUUUAAAUAGUGGAGGAUCUGCUCCCCCUACAGAAAGCCAAACAGAUUCGGGACCAGUGGAUGAUUCAGACUGGGACAUUGACUUUUGAUUUACGCCACAGUGAUACGUGGACAUUGUAAACACAAUAGACUCUGGAAUUUAUACAUGACACACAACACACAGUUUCUGAAAUUAAAAAUCAAUUCUAAAAUAACACGUAUGUUCCUUGUGCAAAUACAUAGUCCUUUAAAAUUAAGAAGUGCACUCAAAAAAAAUUUUUUUGCUGCCUGUUCAAUUUACUUAACUUGCUUAAGUUAAAUCAACACAACUUUUGGAAAAUAUGGUUACAACAUGAUUGUUUUAUGUUUAGUCAUAUAACUGAAUCUAUUCAUGUUGGGACAACAUAAAGGAGUUGUGUUGUGUUAACAUAAAAUAGUUAUAAUAGGGCAGAGGACUUAUAUUUCCCAGCAUGCUUUGCGUACACUGCAUUUUGAGAGUUAUUUUCUUAAAUAAGUGUUUUAUAUUGUGCAAUUUUUUCAGUAAAAAGAAACACUUGUUAGUGUUUAAUGUUCAUUUAUCUUAAAAGUUUUAAGGAGUUAGUUAUAUUUUUGAGUUUGGUGGUUACCCUUGUUCAGAAAAGUGUUGCCUUUGGUUAGGUUGUGGGCGGUAACAAUAAUUGUUUUGCAUUUCUGUUGAGUUCUAUUUUCUCAAUAUCAUCUUAUUGAAGUUAAAUGAGAUAGU